AGACGCGGCCAAGCGAAACGAGCCGUGCAGUGCUCGGCUAUGGGGCAAAAAAACACAGAAUCACACACGGUUCUUGAAGCCCGGGCACAACUUGUGUCGUUCUUUAACGGCCGCGGCUCGGCUUUGCUUUAAACAAAGGCGCCCUGCCCUGUGCUGUGAUUGAUAAGAUGUGGUGCUCUGCCUUGUGCUUUGCUCCGGCCUGAAGGCAUCAACAUCAGUGCUAGCCUAGCUUCGCCUCCGCCUCUGCUCCGCAGCUUUGCCGUUUCCUCUUCCCCACUCGCGACACGCACGGACGGCGAUCCCGCCUCCCUCUCUGAGUGAACGUUGUUGCUAGCCAGGGACAGCAAUGGGCUCGCGGCGACGCCCCUGGGUGAGUGCGCUUCUUGCACUCGCCGCCAUUGAGCUGUGCUGCGUUCACGGCGCGUCCGCCGCGGCGUCGUUCGGCGACAACUUCGAGAUCACGGGAGCCGAGGAUCACGUCAAGACCUCCGCCGACGGCCAGACCUGGUACCUCUACCUCGACCAGAAGACGGGCGUUGGGUUCCAGACGAAGCAGCGGUACCUGUUCGGGUGGUUCAGCAUGAAGCUCAAGCUCGUAGGCAACGACUCCGCCGGCAUCGUCACCGCAUACUACAUGUGCUCCGACACGGACGCGGCUCCGCAGCGGGACGAGCUGGACUUCGAAUUCCUGGGCAACCGGACGGGGCAGCCCUACAUCAUCCAGACCAACGUGUACCACAGCGGCGUCGGCGGCCGCGAGAUGCGCCACUCGCUCUGGUUCGACCCCACCGCCGACUUCCACACCUACUCCAUCCUCUGGAACGCCAAGCACAUCGUGUUCUUCGUGGACAAGGUGCCGAUCCGGGUGUAUCCCAACGACGCGGGCAAGCCCAGCAACAGCUUCUUCCCGAUCGCCAAGCCCAUGUACGUGUUCUCCAGCAUCUGGAACGCCGACGACUGGGCCACGCGCGGCGGCCUCGAGAAGACGGACUGGAACAAGGGGCCGUUCGUCUCGUCGUACCGCGACUUCGCCGCCGACUCCUGCGCCUGGCCGACCGACUCGGGCGCGCCGCCGGCGUGCGCGGCCGCCACGGGGGACAGCUGGUGGGACCAGCCGCCGGCGUGGGCGCUCGACGAGGGCCAGCGCGAGGACUCCGCCUGGGUGGGACGGAACCUCGUCAUCUACGACUACUGCGGCGACCGCGAGCGGUUCCCCGCGCCGCCGGAGGAGUGCGCGCUCCGGACCACCGCCUCGUGAGCGAGCUCGUGGCCUGAGUGGACUGAGUACGUGCGGAGCCAGGGUUAUUUGUUCGAAUGAUUCGUUUCUGUGUGCAACUGGUUAUCGAUUUUUGGGGAGAUAUUGGGUAUAUGGCGAUUGGGAUGCAUGAUCGGGUAGGAUCGUUUUCACGUCGGAUCAUCGCUCAUUCUUUCUGGAGGAAUGGAUUAAAUUUUGUAGCUUCAAA